GAAUCAAGUCAAAAGUUGACGAGCUGAAGGCAGCCUACGACCGGGAGGAGUCUCCCAACCUGGAGGAGUACGAGCCCAACACGGUGGCCAGCCUGCUGAAGCAGUACCUGCGGGAGCUGCCCGAGAACCUGCUCACCAAGGAGCUCAUGCCCCGCUUCGAGGACGCCUGCGGCAGGAGCUCGGAGGCUGAGAAGGUCCAGGAGUGCCAGAGGCUGCUGAAGGAGCUGCCCGAGUGUAACCACCUCCUCAUCUCCUGGCUGGUGGUGCACAUGGACCACGUCAUCGCCAAGGAGCUGGAGACCAAGAUGAACAUCCAGAACAUCUCCAUAGUGCUCAGCCCCACGGUGCAGAUCAGCAACCGUGUGCUCUACGUGUUCUUCACUCACGUCCAGGAGUUCUUUGGGGACGUGACCCUCAAGCAGGUGACAAAACCCCUGCGCUGGUCCAACAUGGCCACGAUGCCAGCACUGCCAGAGACCCAGGAGAGCAUCAAGGAGGAAAUCAGGAGACAGGAAUUCCUACUGAACUGUUUACACAGAGACUUGCAAGCAGGGAUAAAAGACUUAUCCAAAGAAGAGAGACUCUGGGAGGUGCAAAGAAUUUUAACAGCUCUUAAGAGGAAACUAAGAGAAGCCAAGAGACAGGAGUGUGAGACAAAGAUUGCCCAGGAGAUCGCCAGCCUGUCGAAGGAGGACGUCUCCAAAGAAGAGAUGAACGAGAACGAGGAGGUGCUGAACAUCCUGCUGGCACAGGAGAACGAGAUCCUGACGGAGCAGGAGGAGCUGCUGGCCAUGGAGCAGUUCCUGCGCAGGCAGAUCGCCGCCGAGAAGGAGGAGAUCGAGCGGCUGCGGGCGGAGAACGCCGAGGUUCCCAGUCGGCAGCAGCACGGCCGGAGCGAAACCGAGGAGUACUCGUCUGAGAGCGAGAGUGAGAGUGAGGAUGAGGAGGAACUGCAGGUCAUCCUGGAGGAUUUGCAGAGGCAGAAUGAGGAACUGGAGAUCAAGAACAACCACCUGAACCAGGCCAUCCACGAGGAGCGCGAG